AUGGAUCACUGGAAAGUCGCAAAGAAAGUUCUUAGGUAUUUACAAGGUACCAAAGAAUACAUACUCACCUACAGAAGGUCAGAUCAUCUUGAGAUGGUUGGCUACUCGGAUUCAGACUAUGCUGGAUGUGUGGAUUCAAGAAAAUCCACAUUUGGUUAUGUUUAUCUAUUAGCUGGAGGAGCAAUUUCUUGGAAAAGUGCAAAACAAUCAGUCAUUGGUACUUCCAUCAUGGAAGCUGAAUUCGUGGCAUGCUUUGAGGCCACGGUUCAUGCUUUGUGGUUGCAGAACUUUGUAUCGAGGCUUGGCAUUAUUGACAGUAUUGCUAGGCCGAUAAGGAUUUAUUGUGAUAAUUUCGCAACCGUCUUCUUCUCUAAAAAUGACAAGUACUCAAAGCGUGCUAAACACAUGGUUUUGAAAUACUUGUCGAUCAAAGAAGAAGUGCAGAAACAUAGAGUGUUGAUUGAGCAUAUUGGUACGGAUUUGAUCAUAGCAGAUCUGUUAACUAAAUGA